AUGUUUAAAGUGAUGAAACAUGGAUAUUUAAAUCCAAAAAGCAAAUUUUUAAAGGCGGUGAACAUCCGAAAAAACUUUUAUACAACGAAGGGGGAGGUAGUGACGUCAGCAGAUGUUGUAGUUAUUGGCGGUGGAAUAGCAGGAUGUAACACUUUGUAUCAGCUAUCUAAAAGGGGAGUUAACGCUGUACUCUUAGAAAGAGCUAAAGUAACCAGUGGGACAACAUGGCAUUCUGCAGGUCUGGUGUGGUCUUUAAGGCCUUGCGAUUUGGAGAUAAAACUAUUGCAAGAUUCAAAGAGCGUUUACAGAGGCCUCGAAAAGGAAACAGGCGAAUAUGCUGGAUGGAUCAAUAAUGGUGGCAUGUUGAUCUCUAGGAGUGAGAUCCGCACUCAGGAAUAUUAUCGUUUACAAACUUUGGGAAAAGCUAUGGGAAUAAAUAGCGAAAUCCUUGAUCCAAAAGAGGCGCAAAAAAUUUUUCCUCUUCUGAAUCCUUCAGUAUUUGAAUCGGCUUUAUAUUCACCGCAAGAUGGCGUCGUUGAUCCAACAAUGGCUUGCAAUGCUCUUCUUAAAGCAGCAACUAUGAAUGGCGGGAAAGUAUACGAUGAUUGCCCUAUUCUUGACGUGCAUUAUAAACACAAUUUGCUGGGAAAUAAAGAAGUAACUGGCAUUCAUACCGAAAAAGGAUUUAUCAAAACCAAAUGUGUGGUUAAUUGCGGAGGUGCCUGGGGACCCCGUAUAGCUCGUUUUGCAGGUAUUCCAGCACUGCCUAUAAUACCAUUUAAACACGCCUACGUCGUAUCUGAAAGUAUUCCUGAAAUUCGGAAUUGUCCUAAUAUUAGAGACCAUGAUGCGAACCUCUAUAUAAGAAUACAGGGCGAAUCUUGUCAAAUCGGUGGAUAUGAGCAUAAUCCAUUAAUAUUAGACCAACUCCCUGACAAUCUCCAAUUCCAUCUUUACGAUUUGAAUUGGGAUAUAUUUAAUGUACAUAUGGAAAGCGCUGCUUCCCUUUGUUCUAAGCUCGCUAAUAUAGGUAUAAAGAGCACGAUAUGUGGGCCAGAGUCGUUUACCCCCGACCAUAAACCUUUACUUGGAGAGGACCCUAAUGUUUUUGGUUUAUACCAUAAUUGCGGUUAUAACUCAGCUGGUAUGAUGUUUUCUGCUGGUUGUGGGAUACAAAUGGCUGAAUGGAUAAUCAAAGGAAGACCGAACUACAAUAUGUUUUCGUUCGACAUUCGUCGCUUCACGCCAUCCCAAAUGUCUCGAGCACACUGGGCCCGCGAAAGUAGUUUUGAAGCAUACGUUAAGAACUACUGUGUAGUUUUCCCCAACGAUGAGCACCUUGCGGGUCGUGAUUCCAGUCACGAUGCAUUACAUCAAGAAUUAGUAGAGGAUGGAGCUAUUAUGCAGGCCAGAGCUGGGUGGGAACGUCCAGCAUUUUUCAUGCCAGGAGAAAAGAUAAGAGUUCAACAAUAUGACUGGGGAGGUGCUCAUGAUUACCCAAAGAACAGUGACUGUCGUUACGAAGAAAUUCUCAAGGGAGAAUACACUUUCGGAUUCUCUAAAUAUCACGAUCUUAUUGGAAAAGAGGCACUCGCAUGUAGAAACGCAGCGGCUCUGUUUAAUAUGUCGUACUACGGCAAGUUCUACUUGACUGGACCAGACGCACAACGCACUGCUGACUUGGCUUUCACCGCGGACCUCACGAAGAAGGAAAAUAGUGUAGUGUAUUCCUUGCUAUUAAAUGAAAAAGGAGGAGUAGAAGCUGACCUGACCGUUAGUGUUCUCGAUGGAGGAAGUGGUCAAUUGCACGAACCCAUCUUCAAAGGUCGCGGUUAUUACGUGGUGACAAGUGGUUUCAGUGCUAACCACACUCUGGCGCAUUUACGACGUAUUAUACAAAAGCACAAGCUGCGCGCCACUAUCACGGACGUCACUAAGCAACUUUGCGUGUUGGGUAUCCAGGGUCCUGACAGCCAACGUAUUCUUCAACGCUACACCGACGCGGGACUGUCCAAUGACGCUUUUCCAGUGAACUCACACCGCAGCAUGCACGUUUCGAAAGCACCUUAUAACGCACAGAAUAAGGCCUAUACUUGCAGAGCAUUGCGCGUAGCCUGGUCUGGGGAGCUGGGUUGGGAAUUACAUAUACCUUCGUCAUCUGCUAUUGAAGUAUAUAAGGCCUUACAAUCUGCUUCUGGAUUGACAAAUGCUGGGUGGAGAGCUUUGACUUCUCUGAGUCUUGAAAAAGGCUAUCAUUUAUGGAAUGCAGAUUUGCGCAAUGAUGACAAUCCAAUAGAAGCGAACCUAGGAUUCACAUGUCGGAAAGGUGGUGAUUAUAUCGGAAACGAUGUGGUCGCAAAAGUUAAGGAUAGGGGAGUCACAAAGAAAUAUGCAUAUUUCACCCUUGAUGAAAAGGUUGCUUUGUUUGGGAUGGAAGCAAUCUAUAGAAAUGGGGAGGUUGUUGGCUACUUAAGACGAGGAGACUAUGCAUUUUACUUAGAUAAACCAGUUGGUGUUGGCUACAUCACUAACAAGGGAGAGCAGGUUACGAAAGAUUAUUUGAAAGAUGGCAAAUAUGAAAUAGAAGUUAUGGGAAAACGGUACAAUGCGAAUUUCCACUUUAAAUCCCCAUUUGACCCAACAGGGCAAAGAUUGCUGGGUAAUUAUGGAGAAAUGGGUAUGGACGAAAAUACUCAUGAACCACAUGCUGGUCAGAAUGAAAGGGCGGGUGGUGUUGAAUAAAGUAUUUGGGUAAUAGGAGAAUUAAGCUAUUCUUUUAAAGAAAGAUCAACUCAGUGUGAAUAAAGAAUAAUUGUUAUUCAUGUUAUAGUUCUGGAUAUGUAUUAAAAUAAA